UGUACUUUUUCCAUUGUCCGCCACCUUUUCGUCGCGUGGCUCCGCCGCCUUUCCCAAUUUUUUCUUUUCGGGUCUCCCUUCCCUCACGGUGUGGCCUCCCAAAAAUUUCAAACUGACGACCGAGGGACCAACUCUUUCAUCUUCCAACUCAAACCCACUCACAAACCACCACCAAUUCAACGCUCAAAAGAUCAGCUUUGUCUAACAGAUAGACGAAGCGAUCACCCAAAACAAACAACUCCCCUCUAAUCAUGGCUGACACAAAACCCGCCGCUCCCCCUGCUGAGGGUGGAUCCGGCCUCGACCUCGAUGAGAACACCAUCGAGACCAACUGGACUCAGGUCACUGACCACUUCGACAACAUGGAGCUCAAGCCUGACCUCCUCCGAGGCGUUUACGCCUACGGUUUCGAGCGGCCCUCUGCUAUCCAGCAACGAGCCAUCAUGCCCAUCAUCACUGGACGAGAUGUCAUUGCUCAGGCUCAGUCUGGAACUGGAAAGACCGCCACCUUCUCCAUUGCCAUUCUCCAGCGAAUUGACACCACCGUCAAGAAGACCCAGGCUUUGAUCAUUGCUCCUACUCGAGAGCUCGCUCAACAGAUCCAAAAGGUCGUCAUCGCCCUUGGAGAUUACCUCAACAUUGACUGCCAUGCCUGUGUCGGAGGAACCGCCGUCCGAGAAGACAUUGCCAAGCUCAACGAAGGACCUCACGUCGUCGUCGGAACCCCUGGACGGGUCUUUGACAUGAUCAACCGUGGUGCCCUCAAGUCGGAUUCUGUCAAGAUGUUCUGCCUCGACGAAGCGGAUGAAAUGCUCUCCACCGGGUUCAAAGACUCCAUCUACGACAUUUUCCAGCUCCUCCCCGCUGAGACUCAGGUCGUCUUGCUCUCGGCUACCAUGCCCCCUGAUGUCCUCGAAGUCACCAAGAAGUUCAUGCGUGACCCUAUUCGAAUUCUCGUCAAGAAGGACGAACUUACCCUCGAAGGUAUCAGGCAAUUCUACAUUGCCGUCGAGAAGGAGGACUGGAAGCUCGACACUCUUUGCGACCUCUACGAGACUGUUACCAUCACCCAGGCCGUCAUCUUCUGCUCUACCCGACGAAAGGUUGACUGGCUCACAACCAAGCUCCACGAGCGAGAAUUUACCGUCUCCGCCAUGCACGGAGACAUGGACCAGGCUCAACGAGAAGUAAUCAUGAAGGAGUUCCGAUCUGGAUCUUCUCGUGUCCUCAUUGCCACCGAUUUGCUUGCCCGAGGUAUUGAUGUUCAGCAAGUCUCCCUUGUCAUCAACUACGACUUGCCGCCUUCCAAGGAGAACUACAUUCACCGAAUUGGUCGAGGUGGUCGAUUCGGCCGAAAGGGUGUCGCCAUCAACUUUGUCACCACUGAAGACGUCAAGAUGCUGAGAGAAAUCGAAUCUUAUUACAACACUCAAGUCGACGAAAUGCCCAUGAACGUGGCCGACCUCAUCUAAGCUCAACCUCCUUCACGACACACGAUAAACAGAUCGUUUUUUCCCGUUUCUCCAAAUAGAAAUAUCUCAGACCACCAUUUCCCCUAAAACUCCUUCAUCAUCACCUCGACCAUGACCCAUCGCUCUCCAUCAUGGUCAUCCUCACCAACCCUUCUUCUUCUUUUCUCAUUGUCGUAUCGUAGUGCAGGCUGGGCAGUUCGUCGCAGGGGUCGGAGACCCAAGAGAUUGUGCGGAGGAAAAGUGACACUGUUCAUGGAUGCCCAAGUGGUAUCCACGUCUAGACUGGGGAGGAUAGCGCUCUUUCCAACCUAGAUUCAUAUACCCUCUCGCUGAAAAAGGAACCAUUACCACCACUUCACUUCGUCGUUUUGGUCGUUCUUUCUUGGCAUGCACAGUAUUUCAUUA